CGCCGCCACCCGCUCGAACCGCAGCCCCCGGAAACCCCGGACCAUCCAGCAAACUCGCUUGCAUCAUGGACGCACCGCUCUCACAGAGUAUGGACUCCGUCAACACGGUAGCCACCGGUGAAGACGAGGUGCGCACCUUGUUCGUGAGCGGCUUGCCGAUGGACGCGAAGCCGAGGGAGCUCUAUCUGCUCUUCAGAGCAUACGAGGGGUACGAGGGGUCCCUGUUGAAAGUCACAAGCAAAAAUGGGAAAACAGCGUCGCCGGUGGGUUUCGUGACUUUUCACACGAGGGCCGGCGCCGAGGCAGCGAAACAGGACCUUCAGCAGGGGGUUAGAUUCGAUCCUGAUAUGCCACAAACCAUACGUUUGGAAUUUGCAAAAAGUAACACAAAGGUUAGCAAACCCAAGCAACCAGCCGCUGCAGCAGCCACCUCGCACCCUGCUCUGAUGCACCCUCUAACUGGACACCUAGGGAGCCCAUUCUUCCCUGGUGGUCCUGAAUUGUGGCACCAUCCACUGGCAUACUCGACCGCUGGCGAAUUACCCGGCACGCUGCAACACGCGACGCUGGUGCAUCCGGCGUUACAUCCUCAGGUCCCCGCGCCCAUGUCUCUGCCGCAUCCUACGACGCUGACGUCGAUACACGCGUCGCUGCCCCAUUUCCUACCUUCGCCGGCACUGGCAUCGCCGGUAGGUUCACCCUCGUCCCAGCCGAACAUAGCAGUGAGCAACGCGCCCUGUUCCACCUUGUUCGUGGCGAACCUCGGCCAGUUCGUGUCCGAGCACGAGCUCAAGGACAUCUUCAGCAGUUUUCCUGGUUUCUCCCGGCUUCGUAUGCACACGAAGGGAGGGUCGCCAGUGGCCUUUGUCGAAUACCAAGACGUUCGCUACGCGGCCCAGGCGAUGGCCACUCUCCAAGGAUCCUUUCUCCUCUCCUCCGACCGGGGAGCAAUACGAAUCGAAUAUGCAAAGUCAAAAAUGGCCGAGGUGGGCUUUACAAAUCUCUGGAUCGAAGGAUCAAAGAGAGAAGAAAACGGGCAACCUUAAGAUCGACAUCAACGGCAUGUAAGAGGAACGAGGGAAGACCAUGCGUGCUUACACCCCGGAAUGCAACGAUCAUCAAGAGACCCGGAUUCAGUUGUUUGCGCAAUGGUAACGAAGAAAGCAUCGACAAACAACGAAUCCACGACAAACGGUUCAGCAGGUUUCCAGAGCAAAUCGACCGAGUUGCUCGAGAAAUCGUUGCGAAGACGGAAGAGGCAAUAUGCUAGCGCAGGAAUAAUCACGGGAAACCGAGAAAGAAAAGAAACUAAAAUGGGGUGGGAAUAUAUCGAAAGGAAGAGAGAGUAAAAAGCACGUGCGACAAAAAUGAGAAAAACAGAAAAACAGAGUAACAGAAAUAGAAACAAGAAAGUAAGCAUUCGCGUAAACGCAAUAGAAAGAGAAGGGGGAAAAAAUACAAAGAAACACGCAUAUAGAGGAAGAAAAUGAGAAAGAUCAGGAAUUAACGAAAGACGAGGCAGGGGUGUGUCUGCGUGUGUAUGGUUCGAGCCUUGUCUCGCGAAAAUCAGCACCACGACAAGUAGGGGAAAGAGAGAAACGAAGGAUAAACGGAACAAAACAAAAAAAAGAAUUCUUAUAAAUUGCGCGGAGCAACGGCGUUUUAGAUUCGCGAGUCGCGGGGGGCCCAAAAUAAUCGCGUAUAUAUGAUAUUCCUAGGUAUAUAUAUUUUUUAACGACUUAACUUAUCGAUCUAUUUCGAUUAGCCGUGUACUACCUUGUCUAUUUAUUUUCCACCGAGUCUUGAUUGCGAUCAACGACGACGACGAAGCGAGAGACACGAAUAGAAGAAGAGAAAAAAAAAAUACGAAAAAAGAAAAAAGAUGAAACGAGAAGAAUACACGAGAAGGAAAGAGACACGAUACAUACAUAUACACACACGCACACGCACACACGAGAAACACGAAAGACACGCGAGAAAACGAGACGGAAGAACGAUCGCGUCGGUGCGAGCUCGCGCGAAGCGUCGUAACGCUCUAGCGAAUUUCUACGCAGAGGCGGUCGCGCGUUGCGAUUUCGACACUCGUGACAUCAUUUUCUCUCGCAUAUACGCAUCUACACGCAUAUACAGAUACACGAACAACACACGUAUAUACAUACGUUAGAUACAUACAUACAUACAUACAUACAUACAUACAUACAGAGAGAGAGGAGAGGAGCGUAAAAGCAGGAAGGCACUGUUGAAGUCACACGCGCACGCAUAUAUAUAUAUAAAUAAUUGUUCACACGUACACGGAGGAACAUACAGAGUCCACAGUCGCGAAAGAUUCUUUUAGGAAAAUCGAGCCCCGCGCUGUUUUCGAGCAAAUUGUUUUGGAAGAGGAAAGAGAAAUGAAACGGGUUGGAAAUUUAUUGUAUAAUGCAGGUUGAUGCAAUUACUCCCGGAGAGACAGAGUAGUUUUGUUGUAGCACGCUCUCUUUAACCUGUUAACUGGAUCGUUUGUUGAAACGAACGUAAACGUUUGGAAAGAUAUUCCCCAUCUAUUCGAACGUUGAGAGAAUGAAUUUCUAUUUUGCUGUUUCGUAUAGAAAAAAUUGAUAAGUGUAAUAGGAACGAAGGAGAGUAUAGAGAACGAAUAUCUAUUUUACUUUUUUAAGGUAAUAAGAGAAAAACGACGGGGAUAGAAUAACGAAGAAACAGUUUGAUAUUUUAACGAACAGCAACGAACGGUAUCGUUUUAACUCCUUGGCUCACGGCGUUCGUCCAUAUUCGUGAGAUUGCGAUGCGUGAGAUAAUAGUUACGAUCUUUUCUCGAUCGAGAAAAUCGAGGACCACGAAACGUAAAUUCAUACGCGUAAUACAAAAAUUGGAAGAGGAAAGGGCGAAAAAUCGCAAGACGAUUCGACUAAAGUAUGCAGCGGAACGAUUAUGUCGGAGUGAAAAGCAAAUAAGGAACGUUAAACAUACCUGUAAGCAUAAAUAAAAAGAAUCGCGAUGCAUGGAGUUAAAGUAAAGUACUUAUAUAUAUACAUACAUAUAUAUAUAUAUUUUUUAAAAUACAAGAAAAAGUAAGUUCAUUCGUAUCGAAAGCAACUUGUUCGUGAAAGUAAAAGACCGAAUUAUAUAUUUCCUAAUUAUCGAAGAUUUUGAAAAGCAACCAUCCAGCCGAUCGCCAGUUAACAGAUUAAAAGUGAUGCAGCCGGAGAAAACUCGAGAGAAAUCCUAUCCUAGUAUCUAUAAAUAACUGAAGAAGCUUAUGUAUGGAUAUACCGAUUCGACUCGUAACGCAUUCGUUACAUCUGUGUUUCGUACGAGAAUUGCCAGCAAACUCGAAUCGCGUCCAUUAAUCCCGGGACGAUGUAAUUCGACGGAGGCGUGACUCGUGUCGUGUCACGUAACUCGCGUGCUCGCGAUCCACGAUCCGAGGGAUUCGCGUGGAGAACAACGUCCGACGAAGAAGAGAACGAAACUGAAACGAAAGAGCGAAGGCAAGCGCGGUGGCUCGUAGACGAAAUUGCAUAAUAUAGAGAUACAAAAGAGACGAAGACGAGUACAUCAAGCUUAAUACCAAAGGUGCCCUAAGAAGCGUGUAUUUAUGUUUUAUCAUUGGCGCGUCGCGAAAAGGCGAGCAUAUACAUUUAAUUAUGUAUCUUGUUAAGGAGAGUCUAAUAUCCUAGACGAGAGUGGCGAUGAACGACAAGCGUGAAUCGGACAAGCGUGAAUGGAAACGAAGAGAGAAAAUACGAAUAUAGAGAUAGCGUGUCAGUGUGAGAAAGAGGGAAUGGUAUGAAUGGAAUGAUCGAUAGAAUGAUUGUGUUAAUUUACGUAAUAAUCUUAUACAUAUACAUAACGAAUGCGAACAUAUCAUAGGAUUAAGCAGUAGAGGGAAGAAAGUUAAAGUUCUCGUAAUAAGGAUAAACAGAAAAAAAAAGUAACUUUUAAAACGAUCUGUCUUUGUAGUGGCGCGGAUAGACAGAAACGAGGAUACGAAGGUGGUGUGUGCCCUGCGUGCUAGAUACGACGGCCAACUCGGCACGUAAUUUGCCCAAGUGCCUUCCCGUUGGUCGAGUCAUGCUGUAAUUCGUACCGUGUAUUAUUCGUCUCGUCCCGAUUUCAAACGUCGAACUCCCCCCUCUCCCUAUUCUCCCGUAAAUCCAUAUUACGUAUUGUACGUAUACCAUACGCAUUAAAGUACGAAAAGAGAAAAAAAAAGACAAAAAAAAAAAAAGAAAAGGAGAGAAAAAAAGGAUGGAAGGAAUAGUGUCGCGCAGAGUCCUGAAUUACAGGAAGACGCUUCUUCAAAUUAAAAUCUCUUAACUGAUCCAAAGCUGUUCGAGCCUGCCUGAUAGUUUUCUAUCGCCUCGUCGUUUUCUACUUAGACUUUUUUCCUCGAAGGACGGAGAGCUGCCGCAUCGACGCGUGUUCCUCUAAUUAAUAUUUCUCUGCUCGACGAUCGUCCCGUUGAUAGAAUCCACGUUAACUGUCCCGUACAAAAUGGUUUGAGAAAGGAUAAGCGGAAAGAGAACGAAGGAAGAAUUUCGCCGGGAUACGGUAAACGAGAAAGACUAUUUAAAGAAGAAAGCGAGAGAAAACGACCGAGAAAGUUCAUCAACGGUGAUCGUAGAAGAAUACUCCUCUGUAUAGCGCGAUGGAAAGAAUGGCAUAUUUUUCUCGUAGAUUCCUCGAAUUUUAUCGCCCGAACGGCUUCCCGAGUCGAUCGACAGCUUCUUUUCUCAGAGUUCACAGCCAAUCAUCGUGCUGAUUAAAUACGAUCCUCGUCGAACAACCACUGGGCAUUUAUUAUACGCAUCCGCAAUUAAUAGUGGCGAGUGGUGAUUAAGUGGUGUAAAGGUGUAAUAGAGAGUGGUAGAGAGUGUUAACCGAACCGUGUGCACGUCAAUGGCGAGAAAUUACGAUGAAAGCGAAGAAUUCAUCGUCGGUGAAGCUAAUUCAUACUGUGGAACGGCUAAUUUCACGAUUGGCGUUCAAAAGACACUUCGUCAGCGACAUGAGCCGACCGUCGUAAUUGCUCUCGAGCGUCAGAACGCUCCUUUAUUUUUCUAUUUUCCAUGAAAACACGAGCCGAGAAGAAAAGAAAAGCACGCUCCGAGGGGAGGAAAACACGAGAGUGUUGUGCACAGUUUUAUUCCGUGCACGAUUGUAUUCGUGUCGAGAUGAGAGUUACGGAUGUCUUUAGCGUCGAUCUUCUCGCGAUCGUGCCUGAAUCGCUUGUUUGAAAAACGACGAGACAACUGAAAAUCUCGUUGCUCGAUGAAGAUGCAUCUUUCAGAAGAAAAAAAAAAUCUAUUUGUAGUUCGUUUCUGAUGUUUUUUUGGAGAGAUUUAGGAUUUUUCGAUCCUAUAUAUAAAGGAAUCGAAUUUCCGUGAAUCAUUCUAGAACCUUUGUGUUUGACCAAUUUCUUUCUAAAAUCAGCUAGUACGUAUAUACUAUUAAGAUAAUUCUAUUUAAUUAUAUAUCAUAAUAACCACUACUAUCGUCGAAAUUCCAUCAACGAAUUAUACGAAGAGUUAUACAUUUCAUUAUAUACAAAAUUAUUAUAUGAAUUGCUAUUCGUGCUAUUGCUAUGCGUUAAAAAUUCUACUCAACAGAUACCAGAUUAAUUUCUAAUAUCGAUACAACACGGCUAAAUCAAAUUAUUAGGACAAUUAUUUGUUAUGACUUAUAACUUAGGAAAGUAGCUUGACCGCGACAAAUUUUCCUCUUUUUACUCAAUUUUUGCCGGGGAAGCAGUGUCGUUUAAAGGUCCAGGCGGAACAAACCGCCUUUCUAUCUGGCUUUCUUACCACGAAAUAAAAAUCUGCCUGACCUGAAAGAAGAACUUGGCCGGUCCGUUUGCAGAGAACUGGACCGUCGCAAAAAUUCAGAGCGAGACGAGGUGUCCCUUGACGCUGGAAACGGUAAACGCAGCUCGUCGGGCAACGAGAUCACUCAGGAAGAAGUGUGUCAGUAAUCUGAAGGCUCGGUGAAACAAUUGAAAAUGGAACGGGCAACUUUAAAAAUCGGCUCGAAGCUUUCGGCGAUGCCGCGAUUAUUUCGAAUUCUAAGGAAACAUGUCGCUGAAUCGAAGAUGGAACGAAAAACAAGGAGAAGGAGAGAGAGAGAGAGACAGAGAAACGAAAGUAUGCAACGCGAGGUUUCAGGGUUGUCACUUUUCUGAUACAUAUCGUUAGAUGGUUAAGAGCUUGCCGAGCAGGUCGUUUAAAGGUAGAUAAUUGUUCUGGAGAGCGUUUACUCGUCGUCCAUUGUAAAAAUGAAGCCAAAAAAAAAAACGGAAAUUUUCAUCCAGCGUUCUUCUGUCUUUUAUUAAUUUUUUCAAAAAGGAAAGGAAAAGAGAAGUGAAUUCCUUUCGCCCGUGGUGAAUGUAUAUUUUAAUAUUAUUUUUACUGUAAAUAUAACUAUAAAAUCGGAGACGGAGAGAUUCAGCGAUGCAUGAAACAAAAUCUUCACAGGAAAAAAGAAUAAAGAUAGGAAUUCUUCGUUCUCGUCUUUGUCUUUAAAAACUUGUUUUGAGAAGAUUAAUUAACGCGUGUUACAAGGGUAUUUAUUAAUAUCAUUUCAUCUACCUUAAAGUGUAGAAGCAUUGAAACUUCCUUUUACGAAAAAAAUCUCACGAAACGAUUUCACGAAGAUCGAGAGAACGUUUCAGAAAAGAAGGAAAGGCCGUUUUCAUACCGUUACGAGAUGGUAGUGCAAUUAUUCUGGAAAGUAAUCCGCGUGAAAUUGGCCAGAAAUUUGGCUCUGAAUGAACGACUUCGGUAAACGCUCCCCGGGUGAUUGUUAGUGCAACAAAAAAAAAAGCAAAAAAGAAAAAACAAAAAAGUGUGUAAACCGCUUGAAUCCGUGAACUCGUCGAUCCAUGAACAUAUCACCGAAUUUCUGACUUGUUAGAGUAUCGUCGAUGUAUAUAUACAUAUAUACAUAUACAUAUAUAUAUAUUCAUUAUAGAUGGUGACUGAAUAAUUUUUUUCCUGAUAGUGGGUAUAGAAAAAUGUGAAAAAGGUUUUAUCGAAUCUCCUCGAAUGCUCUCUUAAGUAUGUCUUGGACUAUAUACAUAGGUAUAUAUAUAUAUAUGUAUAUAAUAGAUUUAUUAAAACAAAUUGUUUUACAUUGGUAGCGGGGAAGCGUGGUUUCAAAGGUAAAAGGAGUUAGUCAAUUCGUCUGUGCAAGCGUUCCCUUUUAAACGAGAGUCAUCGUGAUUUUAAGGAAAACACGGAGAAAAAAUAAAACGAGAGACACGCAUUAUGUGAUCUUCGGAAACGACGGAAAGUAUAGCCUAAGUUGUAAAAUCCAUGCGAGGCCUUACAUUUGCGAAUUCGGAGAGAGCGACGACGCAAAAAAGAAAAAGGAAAAAGAGAGGAGAAGUAUGAAACGGCACAGAUUCGUUUGCCCUUUGUUAUAAUCGUUAUUAUAAUUAAUUUAUUAGAAAAGGAAAGGAGCAAAGUGAGUGGCAAAAAAUGGGAAUUAAAUCGAGUAUCUUCGAUUCCCAAGAAAAAAUAAUCCCCAAAGAAAAUGGUUCUUCUUCGUCAUCUUGUACUUUUUCUUCUUCUUCUUCUUCUUCUUCCUCUUCUUCUUCUUCUUCUUCUUCUUCUUCUUCUUCUUCUUCUUCUUCUUGGGGGAAUCGUUCGUCGUCAUCGAUCCUUCUUUCGAGUCUUCAUCAGGUCCCAUUAGAUCCGCGGAUUAUUGAAUCGAGCGUAAUUCGAACUGAAUCGCGAACCGUGACUACCGACGUGGAAAAAAGAGGAAAACGAAGGCUCUCGAAUGCCUUUCCCAGGGCAACGUAUUCGCUUGACCUUAACGUAACAUAUCAUUUUACAAUUAAAAAAAAAAAACAAUAGCUGUACUGCCCAAGAUAGAGAGUGAAUGAACGUGAUCUGCGUAUAUGCUGCGUGUGCGUAAGUGUUAUUAACCGUAACGUGUGAGUGUUGAACAAUUUCUAGCUAAUUAGAACGACGAUCCACGCGAUUCCACGCGUCCGUAUUUCGGCCCGAAAAAGCAAAGUAAUAUCGUACAACAAACGCGUGAAACUGAACACACCAAAAUAAAUAACAAGAAGCGAUUACACGUGUGAACGCGCGUUUAUCGUCGACGUCGCGCGUGACGACGCAACGUUUUGUCGUCGACAAAUUUUCAUUCGAACCUCACUCUAUUAAAAAAAAAAAAAAAAAAAAAAAUAGGGGAAACAUAGGAAUAGCGACGACGCUUCGGAAAGAAGAAGCAUUGUCGCGGUGUUAAAAAGUAUAAUUCUUCGGCACUCGCGGCCAAGCUUUUGCUACUUUUGUAUGAAAACGACGAAAAAAAAACUUAUUACGCCACUGAAACUGUGAGAAAUCUGGAAGACUAAAGAAAGAACAAGAAGGGAUGUGUUAAAGGAAGAAGGAUAGAACGAGGGAAAACGCGAAAAAAAAAUGUUCGGCAUGCACGAAGUCGCGAUCGAGCGACACGGUUUUUCGAUAUCCAGCUACUCGUAUGCUCGCUUGCUGCGCUAUUAAUUACUCGACAGCUCGGUCGCGUUCCAUCGGCUCGUUUUGGAUCUUUUUCUUCUUUAUCUUCAACUUUGUCGGCAGCGCGUCGAAAAUCUUAAACUAUUUCCGCGAAAGUAGAUGCAUAGACAACGUCAUUGAAAUUAUAAAAUUGGUUAUAUUAUUAAGAUACCUUGAUCGAAUGAUCGACUUUAUUCCUGUUAAGAGUUCGUUUAAAUUAUAGAAAUGCGAGGGUUCCUAAGAGAUUAAAGAGCUCUGAGAAUCUUUAAUCACAGAUCGAAGAACUUUCAAAAUUCAAAGGAAAAUACAUUUUUGAUGGCACAAUUGAAAGGAACUAGAAGAGAUCCAAAAAUUCUCCUUAAAUCAUAUUUCGAAACGAUAAUUCUAUCAACUAAAGUCAGUCGAUUUUCAUCAAAAUUCACCGAUCAUACUUUCGAUGGGUAAUGUUUCUUCGUUUCUUCCGAUAAAGAUGCAGAAAAGUAGGAUUUUCGUCGUCGGAAACAAAAAACAGAUUGAACGCAUAUCGAGAAUAGCCCAAAACGAGCUGAAGGGAUCGCUUUUACCGAAGACAACGAGGGAAACUAGGAAAGAAUAGAGCGAUAGAUAUAGAGAAUUCAGCGAUAAGGAUACGCAAUCGUUAGAUUGGACUCGAGAGAAUCAAAGUUUCUUCUUCGACCGUGUAUUUUUCGUUGUACAGACACAACCAAAAUUAUUAAACCAUUGAAAUUGAAAUUUAUAUCUUGACUACGACCCAUUCAGUGAAAAAGACCAUUAUCGAUACAAACCUGGAAAUAUUAUGUCAAGGAGGAGGAAGGAAUCAUCAACGAUCGUGUACAACAAAAAAUCACGAAUAGAAGAUAGGGAAAGCUGAAUAAACGAACAACAGGAGAAAUCGAUUGCGUGCGUGAUACGAAAAUCAACCGACGUAACUGGUUAAUUCGCAACGCAAAAGAAACAUUUGCAACGAGGUUCGCUCGCUCGCGAUGAAUCGUUUCGAUUGAAUCUAAAAAGUGCUUUACAAGUGAACUAAGGAAACUCAUAUCAGUAGGCAGUACGCUAUACAGUUUACAAUUAUAUAGAAUGGCAUUUCGCAUAAGGAUUAGUAGAAACCAAUAUAAAUACGGAAAGUAUAUAUAUAUACAGAUAGCUAUAUAUAUAUAUAUAUAUAUAUAUAUUGGAGUAAAGGAAACAAAUAUAUAUAUAUAUGUUUAUCAUACGUCGUGAACGGAAUGAGAAAGAGGAGAGAAAAGAGAAAAGAGGAGAGGGGGAAGAGAGAGAGAAAAAAAAAGAAGAUGAAGCAAAGUACACGCGAAUCAGAUAUUUUGUACUGUGACUAAAGAAUUAUUCUAACGAGUCCGUUUUUGUUUCUUUUUUACAUACGUAUAUGUAUAUAAUAGAUAUGUAUAUGUAUACACGCGAAAGCACAGGCAAUAGAUCACGAAGAAAGAACCCGAACGAGGCUGACCAACCGUGCGAUCGAGAGCUUAUAGAUUCUGGAUCCCCUUGGAUCAUGUUUUUUCACGCCAGCUAAAAACAAACGACGAAAUCAAGAAGAAUUUCCAAGAAAUCGACUCUCGUGGAUCGUGUAACGAACGUUAACGAACAAUUCGAAGACGUAACUCGUCUCAAGAGUGCGGCAAGCCUUUAUCUUGUUUCCUUAAGAACGAACAAGAAGAGUCCAUCGCGGCGACAACGUCAAACUAUUGAUAAAAGGCAGAAGCAUUUAAGAAAGCACAGGUAAGAAGAUACGAUCGAGAAAAAGAACAUGAUUUUCCGCAUGAUCCUGUACAAUCCGGAUAUUUUCUACGGAACACAAAGAUUUUUAUCCAAUAGGAGAAUGAACAGAGAAAACCUGCAUUCUCUUUGUUUAAACGGAGGAAAUAUAUAUAUAUAUAUAUAGCUGACGAACACCAAAGACAUCGAUACGUAUAUCUAUCCAAAGAUCGCGAGGAUAUCUAGACGGCAGUGUUGUGUCAUCAUUGUGAUACGAUGUUAUAAUAUUAAAUCGUCGAACACCCUGUGAACGGUGAAAAGUCGUGUUCGGCCGAUGGAAACAAGACGUGCGAGCUCGAAAUGUCGAAGUGACGAGCAGGGCCGACGAAUGGAAAUACACGGAUGAAAGAUAGAGAAACGAAAAACCUGCCACAUACACAGAUAAAAUAGAUCCCGAAUCCGUCCUAACGAGACGACGCGCUGAAAAUCGAGGAAUCUCUCGCCGGGCGCGUAUCAGCGCCGCGAAUCCGACUUUAAGAAAAGUAGGCCAGUCUCGAAACGGUAUUUUUCCAAGCAUCCGAGAAAUUAUUUUUGAUCGCGUAACCUCGCUCUCUGUCCACGAUAUUCUUCACCGGAACGCUGGUUAGACUGAAGCAAACGUGUCCAUAGGGAGGCCUUCGGGUGUCGAGCUACCGAGUUUCGAGCGUUUCAUUCCGUAAAUCGUGACCACGAGCUCGCACGCCUUGUAAAUCGAUAAGCGGAGGAAGGUAAAAAUGACCGUAUCUCGUGACCAAGUUUCUCAAACGAUAUUACGUUUUGAUAGGAUCGAAGUGUAAGAUGGAGGAGUGGGAAUAGAGGCUGACCACGACGACACGAAUGCUCAGCGUUCCACUGAGAAGGGAAGCAAGAGGUAUUCUUAAUGGAAGAAGUAUAGCGCAGCCGUGAAAUAACGGCUGAACAUGUUUCGAGCGUCUAGGUAAGAAAAUCGAUGAAAGUAUAAGAAAUUGAAGAGUGGGUCGUUCGUAUUUAACGUUAUAUAAUUAUUUCGCGAAUGAUAACAUUCGCAAAUUUCGAUACAUCCUUGAAUAUACGUUAUCCGUAUUUAACGUGAUUAUCAUACGAAUGGAAAUUACAUUUGUGUAAAUAAAUUUCUAUAACUUGAAAGCGUCUGCAAAAGUUUCAUACAUGGUCGAUGUUGUAAUAUAUUUACGAAGGAUGUUGUAAUUUGGAUAAGAAAUACUCGAAACGCGACGAAAUUCCAGUAAAGGCAGUAAAAAUAUCACGUAAUAUGACACAAGCGCGAACCUUGUUUAACAUUUUAACUAGUAAUUUAAAUAUAAUUCUAGAAGUUCGAAAGAGAACCGUAGAAAUCUAAUCGUCAUUUGAGAGCGAUCGAAGCUUCGCAGAAUCUCGUGUAUCGUCAUCGAAAACGUUUCAACAAAGUUAUUACGAAAUACGUGUACCAAUUAUGCUUGAAUUUUCUAUCGAAGUAUAUAGAACGCCUUUGUGAAAAAUGUUUUACGCACGAUCGCGCCAUACUUCUUCCAGCAAUCAAGUAGGUUACAAGGAACGUCGGAAUAAAAGUGAUAGGGACGCGAAAUCUCGCGACCACGUACAAUAAGACAUAUCAUUUUUUCUAAUAUACCCGGACGACGUAGAUUCUCGUCUAAAUAGAUUAAAGAAAAAAGAAGGAAAAGAAAAGCGAGGGGCUUUUGAAAGUCUUCGAAAAUUGUCCUCGAUCGAUCGUGACCUACCUUACCGACAAUUUUUUCGGUCUUUCCAAUCAUUGAAAGUAAUAAGAAAGUGAUAAAAAGAAGAAAAGGAGGAACAGGUAAAGAGUUUAAAGGUAGAAGAACGUCAAGUCCAUACAUUCCGAAAGUAUAAUACGACGCAUUAAUUAGGGACCGUAGCUAUCGUGUAUAAAUAUUUACAGAUAUUAGGCUCGGCUAUAAUUUAAACGCUAUAUUUAUUAUUAUAUACAAAGGUUUUAAGGUGUUAAAGAGAAAGAAAAACUUGUAACUCGUUCUAAUCUAUAAUAGCAUACAUCUCGUGAUGUUUUUUCUCGUCGAGUUUUUCGAACGUUUCGCGAUUAAAAAAAAACGUGUGUGAUCGUAGAUUGUUCGACGUAGUUGUUAUUCGAAAGGGAUUAAUAAUGUCGCGUGCGCUUCUUUUCCGUGCUCUAUGUGUUUUAGUUACACAUCCGUCUGGCGAUGCAUCGCGUAUAUUAGCGGAAGUGACGUUGCCUGAAAGUAAUUUUUAUCCCUCUGAUUGACAGGAUGGAGUCGAGGCGAUCUACAUCGUAUAUUUCUCAAAUAACAUCGUUCCCAUCGAUUACAACUAUCGUUUGUUACCGUUAAUCGUUAUUUAUAUGCAUUUGCGGGAAAUUUGCAAAUGCAAAAAUACGCGUAACAUAUAAAAAUAUGUCAAAUAUCCAAAGUAUGGUGUUCCUAAUAAUUUUCAGUUUUUAAUUAUAUUUGAAAAAAUACGAAUUCGCGUAAAUAUCGAAGUUCAUUUGUAAAAUAUUGUGUAAUCUCAUAAUUUCCAAGAUACAAUCGAUUCUGACCGACUCCAUUCUAUCAGUUAUGUCGAUGAAUACACUGCUCAACAUAGAUAGUUAGAAAACGAUCUCUAUCGAUCUUACUUGUAAACAUAGAUAUUAUUAUUUAACAAAUUGUAAUUGGAAGUUUUCGCAUAUUAUACGCGUACACCAUGGUUUCGCAUACACGACACGCGAACAAUUUUCGCGAACGAAUGCAACCCAUAUGCACCACGAUGAAAGUGUGCGCAAUAAUUGCUUCUAUCUGACCUUGCAUCCGAGUUGAAGCCACUUUCUGCGUUUCAACAAUUCCACAGCCGGUUCUAUUCGGCCGCAAUUGGAAUCAACGCUCCGUAUCUCAUGCGUGAUAUCGUUCCCUAUAAACGCUCUCGUAGUUUCCCAGGAAUCGUUCCAACACGUUUUCUUAACACGAACGGCACAUCAAGAAAAUUUCUAACAGCCAGCCCUUGUUCCGAAGAACAGUGGGAAAAGUGAUUCGAUCGAUAGGUAGACUAUGAGUAACUUCGAAUAAUCUACGAUUCUAGCUAAAGCGCAAAUAGCAAUUUCUUCGUACAAUAUAUUUUACAAAAGAACGUAUUUAAAAAUAUCCUCUUACUUUUUAAACUUAUAAUUCGUGGAAUUAUAUUGAAAAAAAAAAGAUGGAGCAUACAGCAAUUAAAUCUUUCUUUAUAUAAAUAUAUUUCACAAAAAUGAAAUAUUUCAGACUACAAAAUGUAACAACCACGUAACUACACUUUAUCGUGUUAUUUUCGAACCUCGUAGCCCGAAGAACUAAAACCGAGGAAAUCUACCACCAAAUGAUUUACGAUAUAUUUUUCUACGAAUGGUGUACGAUAUAUGUAUAUAUAUAUAUAUUUUUUUUUUUUUUUUUUAUACUUGGAAUCAUUGAUUGUACUGAGCAGUGUAUUUCACCUUUCAACUCGAGAUUUGAAAAAGAAUCUCGCGGUAACACGGAUGUUCCAUCCCAUUCAUUCCCGCGGAUGAUCCGCAUGUCGAUAGUCAAUUCGUCGAUAUUUUACAUGAAAAGAUAAUUCCUGACAGAAAUUGCCGCGUCACCGAUCUCGUGACGUUGAUUCAAGUCGAUUAAUCGACUAUUUUAAUGAAACAAUUAGGAAAUUCCGUGAAACGUCUGCUUCGACGUUAUAUGUAUAUUACAUAUAGGCGUUUAUUCAAGGAAAUUUCAUUCUCGCUAUCAGAUGUUCUUUGCACAUAGGUACCUGAAAGGUUCGACUAUUUAUUAAUUUGUCAAGGCUGCGUAAACAAUCCCAAAGAAUAAAAGAUGCUAUUUUACGUGUCCGUGAUGGUGAAUCUCAUAGGUAUCUCUUAAGCGUGUAAUUAUCGUGGUACAGACGUACAGCGAUUCACGUAUCGUCAUGCGUCGCCAUCAUAAUUUUACUACGUGAAACUAAGUGGAACAAUGGAAAUCAAUUUUCUUUUUGUUUUGUAAAUAUUCGAUUAGAGAUUGUCUAUUAAAAAAAAAAAAAAGAAAAAAAUCUACCUAUAGGAAAUUUUGAAGAAUCUUGGAUAGAAAGAGUUUCUGUAAAUCCUAAAUACAUUUGAAAUGUAAUGAAAUUUGAACAAAGAAUGCGCGUAAAUUCCAAGAAAUCUUACAUGAUGGAUCUUUACAAAUCCUGAGGGACGUUCGAUAGAAUGUAUCGGUAAAUUGUGAAAAAUCUUCAACGGAGAAUCUCUGCAAAUUGUGAAAAGUGUCGGAGGAUUGCUCUUUUCGGAGUUUUCUUAAGUAAUAAAAUAACUAUGGAAAUCGCAUAAACCUGCGAGAAAGUAUCGGUAAAUUCUGAAAAAUCUUUAAUAGAAAAAGCUCUGAAAAGUGUUUGACAAACGAAUGCUCUGAAGAUCCUUAUAUAAUAGAAUAUCUACGGAAAGUCCAUAUAAACUUGGGAGAAUUUUUGAUUAAAAAAUUCCCCUAUGCUCUGGAGAACCUUCUGUAAAGAAGGAAGAUAGAUAUUCCAAAGUGAACCAUACAUAUCAAAUAAUGAACGAUAAUCUUCAUUAUCGACGUUUACAAUCGUGCAUAACGUGGGAUAGUUAUUAACGAUGGCCACGAUGACUGACUCGAUCGUCUGUGGACAUUGAUUCUGACUAAUUAGAAUUAUAGAAGCCAAUUAAACAAGCCUCGAUCGAAGAAUCGAUUAACAACGAUGAUCACGUAUUGGAACAAUGAAAUUGUAAAAUACCGCAAAAGUAAGGAAAAGGAGGGAGGGGGUGGGGGAAAUAUUACACAUGUGAAGACACGAACCAAGACAAAGAAAGUCUACACUUAUUUAACAACGCACUCGAUAACGUAUGCGAACAAUGAAUACAAGAAUUCGAGAUCUACUUACUUGUAUAGAUAUUUAUGAUAUUCGUGAUAAACCGAUAGGGUCGAAGCAGAUGAAAGUUAUAAAAAGCAAAAGAAGCGUGUGAGAUUAGUAGAAUUGAUGUCUACACGUCGGACGACGUUUAUAGAAUGGGUGCAUCGUUAAAGGAGAACGAUAAACGUUAUUACGGUUGAGUUAAACAUCGAAGUUUAACGAUGUAACAAUGUACAGGGUGGUUCAUCAUUGAUGAAACUUAUUUAGCGAUCGAUUUAGCAUUGAAAAUUAUUCUUUUUAAUUAUAAAUUAUAAUUUUAUAUUAUAGCUGCUCUGCUUUUUAUAACAAUUAUACGUUCUUUCGAAAGAGCAUUUUUUCGAAAGAGUAAUAUUCUCUUUAUUAUUGACUUCUGAUUUCAGAUAAAUCAACUGUAAUUUAAACACAAUUUUGAUCUAGUUCUGACGUUUUUCAAUGCUUGAUCGAUCGUUAAAUUAGGACCUAAAAAUAAUGAAACGUCUCGUAUAUGUAAAAGGAAAAUUUUUUAAAAUAUAGCAACGUUUCAAUGUUCAUAAUUAGUUGUUUAAAUUAUAUCUUAAAAAUGCUGACUAGUUCGGGUUUUAGAAGAUCAUCGACAAACGCGUUUAAAAUAAGUUGUACGAUUUUUAUUUUUCACCAGCAAGACAAUUGCCUCGACGGAAGGCGUGACGAAAAUUAUUCAAACAGAUCGUGAAACAGAAACUGGUGUUGCACAAUUCCAGCCUUUCGUAACAAUGUUCGCAAAGUAGACGCGUAAAAGGUCUACUUUCCUUCUACUAAUUUACCACUAAUUAGCUACCAUCCGCUUAUGAAUCGCAACGAACGCGACUCCAAAUCACUGUUGCGUGCUUAACACCACUUAACUUCGACUUCUUGGUACGAAAUUGUACUAAAUUAUGCGCACAAAGAGUGAUUAGCGAUGAAAAGAAGGAAAAUACGAAGAACCUCUUACGCGCGAAAAAUCAGCUGUAAUUAAGUAGCCUGGCAUUGGUAAUCUAGAAUUUCUGGAACAAGGUAAAAGAUCUACCUUCUAAAUUCUACAUUUUAAAGUUUAAUUUAAGUCUCCGUUUAAGAAGGCGAAUGCCAACAUUAACUUACAAAAGAUAGAUACUCCCAUUCAAAUAUUUUAUCGAAUAUUUGUUUUUCUAUAAUCUAACAAUUUACAUAAUCGUAUAUCCAAUAAAAUAAAGAAGAAAACGUGAAAAAUACGUAGAAUAUCCUCCGUGCUUGUAUUUCGUACUGUACGAUUAAUUAUUCGCAUCGAUAUCCUCUCUAGAACUUAUUAAUUUAUUUAAUUAUGUAUUUAAUAACAUUUAUAUAUUUACCUACAUAGAAAGCAAAGUUUCAACGUUCUUACUAUCCCAUAUCGUACCAAUAAUACGAUAUAUUUAAUCUCGUUUUCUCUAACUUAUUUAUUGAUAUUUAUAAUCUUUGUGAUUUCGCAACAACCAAAGACAAGAUACCUGUUGUAUUGAUAACCGCGUAUUUAAACGAAAAUUAUUUAUAUGCAAAAAGAAAGAGGCAUUUCAUCGUUGGUAAGCACCUAAAAAACGUCGUUCGUUGAGUAGACAUCUGUGAAUUUGUAUCUGUGAAAAUCUAUACGUGUAAUCGUAGUAGCACUUUGUACUACAGUAUUUGUCCAUGUAUAAGAGAAAGGUUAAUCGCGUAGCAUAUGUCCCUGUAUUUAUUUGCCUGUUAGUUUUCUGUCCUGAAGGACCUAGCAUCAAGAUAUGUACGUUCUAAUAUUAAUAGGAAAAGAAAUGAUUUAUUAAAGGAAAAUGGAACAUUUAGAUAUUGGAAAAAAUGCCAGGGUCUAUGUAUAGUUAUCUCUAUCACGCAAGCUUUGUGUAUGCAUUCGUUAUAUGCUGGGUAGGGUAGAUAAUCAGAUGACUGAAUGUUCCGAAUAUUCGACUCGAAUGAUUUCAUCGAAAUCCGAAUACUCGAACAAACGUGCUCGAUUUAUUCGAAUCAAACCAAUGAAUUUGAAUAUCGCCGAUCGUAUCGAAUAUCUUAAAAGAUAUUAUUUGAUAAUAAUUUAUAUAUUUAUAUAUUUAUAUCUAAUUUUAUAUAUUAUUUAUAGAUUAUUAGGAAAUUUAAUUGAAUUAUUCUUUUCUUUUCUUUUUUUUUUUUUUUUUUUUUUUUUUUUUUUUUUUUUUUUUUUUUUUUUUUUUUUAUCCUUUUCUAUUUGUUGAUAAAAUUUUCAACUAUGAAGAAGCUCGAACACAUCGUUUGAAAAUUCGAAUAAAUCGUAGUAGCAUUCAAAUAAUUGGAAUAGAAUUGAAUUUUUCUAAUCGAACUUAUUCGAUCGAUCGAAUUAUUUCGGAUAUUGUUUGAACGACAGAUUAUUCGAGUCAGUCCGAUAAAUCGAAUUCUAUAGGAUUCGAUAAGACGAUUUUUCAAUUAUUCAAUUCAUAUAGUCGAAUACUCGAUACGAAUCGAAAUCUAACUUCGAGUAAUCGAAUAUAUUUCGAGUGCUCUCGGGUACUCGACUUUCAACGUGGUGUAAUGGCACUCCGUUGGUACAUAAUCACUGAUUAUUUAAGAAAACAGGUUAAAUUUUCCAUGAAAGUACACAACACUAUCGAAUAUAGCGAGCCCGUAUAGGAAAACUAAACAUCGAAAGAAUAAUUAGAAAGUCGAGCGGGAAGAUACUAUGAAAGUUUAAAUUUAAACUUCUUAGGUUAACAAUUUGUUAACUAGAAUUUUAUUAAAACAUGUAGGAUGAAAGUAUGUUACAAAAAUCGAUCGUUGAUUUAAUCAAGGUUGUCGAUUAUUAUCCUUAAGCGUUAUUUUAAUGUACAAACUUCGAUUAAUCGUUAAUCUCAGUUUACACGAAGUAGUCUCAAAAACAAUUGUAUGCGAGUAUGCGUUGAAAAAUUAUACUUUAAAAGAUUUACUUUCCAUAAAACCAUAAAAGCUACAAGCUCGACAUGUGUAACGAUAGGAAAAUUUUUAUUGGAAAAGGAAACUAAAUUCACGUCAUUAUUCACGCAAAAUAGAAAUUAACGAACAGGAAACGAUGUUCGGCGACAUUUAUUAUUAGACUACGGGUUUUUAUGCAUUUAUAAGAAAUUUGAAAGUGCAAGAUUUCAGAGAAUGCGCAUAAUGUGAAAGAAUGUAUAAAGCAUCCAAAGUAUAUCGCUUUCUAUAGUACUUGGUAGAUGAAACAAUAUUUUACCAAGUCUGUGCUUUUUUAACUAUAUUAUCAAAAAAAAUGAAUUUCCAUAAAAAUCAGCAGUCUAAUUAUUAUGUUAAUCGAAUCUAUCGUGUGUAACGUGAUUUAGAAAAAAAAAGAUAGCGACGUAUAUACAUAUUACAAAACACUCUCUAAUAGAAGACGCCCGAAUUGUGAUAUGUUUAUAAUGUUUAUAAGCCGAUACCUGUUCACGGAAAAAAUUCAUUCAAAUGGCGGGCCGUCGUUCAGCAAUUGCUUCGCGCUCAGCAAUGUCGUUUACACUGCAACGAUCUGCAACGAUCAUUUCUUGUUCUUCACACCUGGUUAUUGCACGUACACUCGUUAGCCGCGCAAACGAUUACUGACACGCGCCAUAUUUUAUCAAGAUAUCGAUACGAUUGUUACUUCGAGCGAUCGAGUUAUAUUCAGACGGGUAUAUUCAAAGCGUACCAAACGCAACGAUUAAUUUGAAUUUUUCAUUAAGAAUGUUCAAUUUUAAUUCGACAAAAGAUUUUCCACGCAAUUUAAUAGAUUGGGUACGUUUUGUAAAAAAAAAAAAAAAAAAAAUAACGUGACAAUGUUAUUGCGUAGUUUUGAAACAUAAAUAUUUAACUUACUUUUAUCAUGAAUAUCGACACUUUUUAUCGCAAACGUAUCAUCGAUCUUUCUCUUGAUCACAAUACUGAAACAUUUUCUUCCGUGAACAAACAUCGUGGAUCUUGUUAGACAAUGGAAAUUAUUCCGACAAAUUCACACAUAUAACUAGAGUAAGUACGUGUGUGAAUUUUCAAUUCGAUGUACGUAUACACAUUACACAUAUUAAGUGAAAUUGUGUAGAAAAUGUCGUUAAUUGAGAACGGAAUUAAUUGAGGAUGAACAUUAAGAAAAACAUUUCCUCGUUACUUUUAAUUCGAUCAAAUUAAUUUAAAUUUUUAUUUUACAAAAAAUAUAUACAUAAGAAAGAAAAAGAAGAAUCUAACUGUUCUUGAUUAACGAUCUAUUCUUGAUUAAUGUCGUAACGCAUAUUUAAAUACUUGAUGUUGCGAAACAUCGCGACCGACAAAGCCUCUCGAUCGAAAUCGAGGAAGCGAUAGAGGACAACUUCAAACGUAUGGUUCGAUGAUAAAAAACGGGGACAUGCCGGAAAACUAUUUAAAAAAGAAUCAGACAGAAAGAGUGAAAAAGAAAGAAACAAGAGAAACCGGCUGAUUUACUUUUACUCAAUUUUAAUUGAACACAUGCGUAAAACAAUGAACACUUCAUCCUCCGCCAACGGAUAUAAAUGCGAAAUUUAAAGUCGCCAAUACGCACGAGUCAUGUGUUUAAAAGAAGCAAUUACCCUAAAAAGAAUCGCGCGUAAGAGUUACUUACUAGGGUGUUUUCGUUGAAAGAUAAAAGGAUAAAAAAAAAAAAGAUAAAAAUCCCAACGUAUUUACGAGGUAGAUAAUAAAAACAACAAUAAUAAUAAAUAAUAAUAAAUAAUAAUAUUUAAUUAUGAUAAAGUAAUAAUGAUAUAAUAAUAAUAUUAUUAAUAUUAAUAUAAUUAUAAAUUAGUUGCAGCUUUCUGUGUAAGGUUAUUGUGAUAUUUAAAAAGAAAAAAAAUAAUAACUUUACCGUAGCGAUAUAAAAUUAAUUCAGAAUUAAGAAUCUGAUAUUUAGAGAGCAAAUAAAGAAAAAUAAAUAACCAGUAUGUCGACGGGGCUUUUGAGUGAUGCCUCUCCGCGAUCGAUUCAAUAUGGUUACGUAUAGAGAAUGAAUAAAGAAAAAAGAAAAAUACGGCGACCCGUGAGCGGCCGCGUCUCUCUCUCUCUUUUUUUUUUCGCCACCUUCUUCACGGGCGAGGUUAGAACGACAAUCUUAGGCCUCGUCAAAAUACUGCCGGAUACAUGAGGACAUUCCGAAAAUCGGUCGCAAACUAACGCCAGCUGAUUAGAUUAAGCUAUUUUUUCUGCAGUCGAAUUUGAAUGCAAACAAUUACAAAAAAAGAAGGCAAAGUAAAAGAAAUAGGCGAGGGAAACAGAAAAACGAAAAGGUUUUGAUCGAGCUGUUGCACGUAUUAGUGCGAAAGAAAUUCUUGCGAUCUGCUUCGAUUAUUCGGAAAGUCCAUUUUGCAUCUGGAUCAAUCCGUCCAUAAUAUGUCUCACGCUUGAGGCAUUUGCACAAAUCUGUGCAUAUUAAUCAUUGGGACUACAAAAACAUAUCAUCAUAUGUAAUGGUAAUGAUACCGUAUACAUAUAUAUACAUAUGUAUACAUAUAUAUGCGCAUAUAUAUACAUAUAUGUACAUAUACAUAUAUAUAUAUAUAUUUAAAAAAUAUUAAGCAAUAAGAUUUUAUUUAUAUGCCCGUAGAAGAAAAAUUGAAUGAACAACUGCAUAUCAACACGUGUGUCUGGGCAAGGAUUAGCUUAUACAUGAUAUAUAUAUAUAUAUAUACACAUAUAUAUAUAUAAUUAAAAUAUAAAUAUAUAUAUGUAUAUUAAUAUAUAUACAUAUAUAUAGGUAUAUAAUCUUUACUUCGUCGUUGUCAGGCGUUAAUGUUAAACUUAAUUAUCAUUAAUUAAUUAUUAGAUUGUGAAAGAAUUUCUUCAGGUUCUAAGCAAGAUUUGGAAAUAAUAAAACAAGUAAAAUAUAUAGCUUCAA